AUGUCCACGCCUCAGGUUAUCCAGGACUUCUACACUGUCCUGGGACAGCUUGGGGGUCAGGAUGCGCUUGAUGCGACCGUUGCCGCGGCUUUGUUUCUGGCCAAGGACGUCUUGACCGAUGCGGGGAUCACUGAUGGCACGAGCUUCGUCAAUUGGAUAAUCACAUCUUUGCUGCAAUGGGUCCCGAAGGAGAACUCUGAGUCGACUGAACUUAUGCAGCAGCUCAUCAUCUUCUAUUUCGUCCUUGACCAGGCUCCCCUUGGCCUGGAUCAGACCCAGAUCUACCCAAACUCGGUUGGCAAUGGACUGACCCCUUUGUCGGCAUGGAUCGUCGAGUUCGCCGAUGCCUUAGGAACUUGGUUCAACGACCCUCAGUCGCUGACGUCAGAUUCGUUCAAAACCUUUGUCAACUCCCCGCUGUAUCGGGUUUGGGAAUGCUCAAGCCCGGAUGGCUCCGCGUUCAAUAACUUCAACCAGUUUUUUGGGCGCCAGCUUGCAACCCCGCGCAAGGUCGCUGGCCCGGGCGACAACAAGACGCCCGUGUACCCGGCAGACAGCCACUGGGACAACUUCUUCGCUGUCGACAGCGGCUCCAACACAUGGAUACCCGCCGCAGACGGCGACCCAGAGUCCAAGGGCUUAAUCACAGCCAAGGGCUGGACAUGGAGCGUCGGCGCUCUCCUGCAGGACAGCCCCUACGCCAGCUCCUUCGCCGGCGGUGUCUGGGUCCAUUCGUUCCUCAGCACCUUCAACUACCACCACUUCCGCUCGCCCGUCUCGGGCACCGUCAUCGAAUCCCGCGUCAUCCAGAAUGCCGCAUACCUCGACGUCACCGCCACAAAUGGCAAACUCGGCGCUCGACGCGGCAUCAAGAAAGGUGUCAAGGCCGGCGAUGCAGGCGUUCAAAUCGUUGCCCAGGACCAGUCGGGUUAUCAGUUCCUGCAGACACGUGGCCUCGUCAUAAUCGACACGAGCACUAGCACCGAGGGUGACAUUGGGCUUGUGGCAUUGCUCCCUAUGGGCAUGGCUCAGGUGUCGUCCGUCAUCCUGACUGUCAAACCGCAGCAGACCAUUGAAAAGGGCGGAGAAAUCGGCUUCUUCCAGUUUGGCGGGUCCGAUAUCGUGACUGUCUUCCAGGCCAAGGCAGGGUUUUCGAACACGGACCCUACCUUCUGGAAUCAGGCGACAUCGGUGGAUGAGAAGGGAAACCCUCUGCCGUAUACCUUUUACGGCACUUCACUCAUCGCGAACCCGUCAUCAAAGGCCAAGUAA